AUGUCAGUUUCAUUGUUUUACACCAAUGCUAAAGAGUUUCUGCUCUGUGUGGUGGGCUUCUCCUUGAUUUUGGAACUAAGCUGGGUUUUGGUCUAUGAUGCAUCCUACUUUCCAUUCCUGUUUUCAGGCUGGGUCGAUAAUAGUAGAAUGAGCCGCCCAACUACACGCAGCAAAAAUAAAAGGCAUAGGCCUAGUGAUGAUGUUAAUGUCACUUCUCAGAUAUUGAGGAAAAUUCAUGCUACUGGGGAAGUGGCCGCUGAGGAUGUAAAUCAGCUCUAUAUGAUCUCGAAGCCUGUUUGCCAAGGCUGCAGGGUGAACACCAAGGAUAAUCCCAACUGUUUUUGUGGGUUGAUUCCAACUCAAAAUGGAAGUCGGAAGUCUGGGUUGUGGCAGAAGACGACAGAUAUUGUUCAAGCACUAGGACCAGAUCCAUCGACUGAUCUCCGUAUUGAUGACUCUCCUGCUGGACUCACAAACUUGGGUGCAACAUGCUACGCCAACAGCAUACUUCAGUGUCUUUAUAUGAAUACUGCUUUUAGAGAAGGCCUUUUCUCGGUGGAACCAGAGGUCUUGAAACAGCAACCUGUACUGGAUCAGCUUGCUCGGCUUUUUGCACUUUUGCAUGCCAGUAAAAUGGCUUUCAUUGAUUCUGCUCCAUUUGUAAAGACACUGGAGUUGGAUAAUGGAGUGCAGCAAGAUAGCCACGAGUUCCUUACCUUACUUCUUUCCUUGCUUGAGCGUUGUCUGAGCCAUUCUAGUGUCUACAAGGCAAAAUCAGUGGUACAGGAUCUUUUCCGUGGAAGCGUGUCUCAUGUAACAAAGUGCUCAAAAUGUGGUCAAGAUUCUGAAGCUUCUUCCAAAAUGGAAGAUUUCUAUGAGCUCGAGUUGAAUGUGAAAGGCAUGAAAAGCUUGGAUGAGAGUUUGGAUGAUUACCUCAGUGUGGAGCAGCUUGAUGGUGACAACCAAUAUUACUGUGAUUCAUGUAAAACAAGAGUGGAUGCUACACGUAGCAUCAAGCUGAGAACACUACCUGUUGUCUUGAACUUUCAGCUUAAGCGCUGUAUCUUCCUUCCAAAGACUACUACAAAGAAGAAAAUCACAUCUGCAUUUUGUUUUCCUGAAGAACUUGAUAUGGGACGGAGGCUUUCUGAAGCUUCUCAACAGGAUUGGAUUUAUGACUUAUCGGCUGUGUUGAUCCACAAAGGGGCUGCUGUGAACAGUGGUCAUUACAUUGCUCAUAUUAAGGAUGCAAAUACUGGGCAGUGGUGGGAGUUCGAUGAUGAACAUGUCUCUAAUUUGGGUCAUCACCCCUUUGGAGAAAGCUCUUCAAGUUCCUCUGCUAAAAUCCCCCGGACUGAUGUACUGCCUCAUAAAGCUAGUGAAGGAGGAUCUGAUCCGAUUCAAAAUGGAAAUCACUCUGACGUUCAUUUGCCCCGAGCUUCAGAAUCUAAUUUUACAAGUGGUGUUGAGACAUUUUCAUCAAGUGAUGCAUAUAUGCUGAUGUAUAAUCUUAGGUCCGCUCGUAGUCAUGGUGAUAAAACACGUGCAGUCAGAGUUGCCAGUAGUAUGGAGUUAGAUGGUCAAGGGAACUCUUCACACGAUGAGUUCUUUUUGCCAUCUCAUCUUUGUGAAGGUAUCAAGGAGCAAAAUGCAUCAUAUCUGGAUGCUUGCCGGAGGUAUAAAGAAAGAAAGGAAACUGAGAUGCUUCAUGUUACUGAACGGCGACAGGAAGUGAGAUCAAUUCUUUCGGAAGCUCCUGUUCAGACAUCUGGACCUUUUUGUUGGAUUUCUACUGACUGGCUUCGCCGGUGGGCUGAUGACUUCACUGCACCUGUCUUGGAUAACACAUCCAUCCAAUGCUCACAUGGAAAGGUCCCUGUUUCAAAGGCCGGCUCAAUGAAACGGCUGUCAGCUGAAGCUUGGACCAAGUUGUUAUCCAAGUAUGGUGGUGGCCCAACACUUACAAAUGAGGACUACUGCACUGCAUGCCUUUUUGAUGGCGCGAAAACUUUGGUUUCUGCGGAUAGCUAUCGUGAUAGGAGAACAUUAAUGAGGGAGUUAGCAACCAAUGUACUUGCUGGGAAGACUGUGGAUGACGGAGAGUAUUAUGUAUCAAAGACAUGGCUCCAGCAGUGGAUAAGAAGGAAGAAUCUCGAUGCUCCAAGUGAAGCUGAUGCAGGACCAACUGUUUCAAUUAGGUGUCCUCAUGACCACCUACUACCUGAGCAGUCUCCUGGUGCCAAACGAUUGCUGGUACCUCGGAAUUUAUGGGACUUCUUUUGUGAAGAUGCCUUGCAUGUGAAACCUGAUGAUCCCGUCGGUUGUAUUCCUUUCCUAUCCGAUUCUGAUCAAUGUCCUCAUUGUAGCAACGAGCUUUCUGAAGUUGCAUGUCUGGAGGACUCACUUAGAGCUGUGAAACAUAAACAGAAGCAAAAUCAUGAGAAGUUGGUAACUGCAAAAAAUAUUCCCCUUUCUUUAGGCAGCAGAUAUUAUUUGGUGCCUUCUUCGUGGUUAAUGACUUGGAAAAAUUACGUAACUGCAAGUGGAAAGAGUAGUUCUUUAUCCAUGGAGCCUGAAACUCUUGAUGUUGUGAUUGACUCACUGAAGUGUGAAAAGCAUUCUCGACUUUUGGAGAGGCCUCCAGCUCUGGUAUAUAAACGUGGCAUACUGUUUCAGAGGUGCUCAAAUACAGAUCGGUUGACAAUAAUUCCUGAGAAUGAUUGGUUCUCCUUUUGUGAAGAGUGGGGGUGUGACAUGGACAAGGGCAUAUCUGCAGUAUUUGAGGGCAAUAAUUCUGAAGAAUGCAAUGUGCCUGGAAGCAGCGAUAAUAUACCGAUAACUGAUGAGCAUUUGAAUGCACAAGAUGAAGCUGAUAAUGGUACCGAGACUAAACCGCCAGUCAUCAAGACUUUUCCCGAAAUUUGCGAGGUCUGCAUAGGUGAAAAAGAAAGUUGCGAGUUGAUGAAGAAACUGAACUAUUGUGACGGGGAGAUAUAUGUGUCUCUUGUACGUGGGAAGGAAGCUCCAAAGUCAAUUCUGGAGGCAUCUGAUAGCCCUUUUGAGCCAGAUCGAAGGGCAUCAAAGCGCACUAGAAAGGGAAGCAAUGGGAACACUGUGAAUUUCAAAGUUUCCGGUACCACGUCAGUGUACCAGUUGAAAAUGAUGAUAUGGGAGUCACUUGGGGUAGUCAAGGAGAAUCAAAUUCUUCAUAAAGGCUCCAAGAUUAUUGAUCAAGAGACCGCUACUUUAGCUGACCUAAACAUAUUUCCUGGAGAUCGGCUUUGGGUGCAAGAUUCGGAAAUUCACGAGCAUAGAGACAUUGCUGAUGAGCUUGUCGAUGGGAAAAUGGAAAUGGACCAUGGCGAGGGAGGUUUCCGGGGCACACUUUUGACAUCAAGUAUUCCAUCGCAAGUAGUGUAG